AAAUAAUCGGAAACUCUCCGAGUGGCCUCUUACUCUUUCUAUGCCUCUCACCUUUUUGCAUGUGCAGCUGAAACUUAUUCUUCUACUGCACGCCACAUAUGAGCGUUGAUGGGUUGUUUGACACUAAGGACAACUCUGCAGAGGCAAACAUCAACCCAAAGAAUCCUCUAAAACUUGGAGAAAGAAAGAAACUCAGCUGUUCCAUUGAUCGGCUUACAAUGAAGCUGCUGUUUGCCCUCCUCAUUUCCACUGCCUGGACUUUCACUGGUGCCCAGUAUUACUACCAGGGGCUGAUGGAUUAUCUGGAGAACAGAUUGUUGGCUAUUGAGGACCGCAUGCAGCUGUGGCAUGAGCAAUCCCAUCGGUACCACACAGAGAUGAAGGAUUUCAAAAAGCUGACUGCCGAAGCCAUGGAUGGACUAAAGAAUCACCACAGCAUGCUCUUCAAAGACUUGGAAGGAGCAGCUGCUCAAGUGGACCGAGUGGAACAAGAGAUGGAUUACGUGGAAACGCAGAUGUCCCCUCGGGCCUGCACGAACAGGGCAGAUAAGGUAGUGGAGCAGGAGGCCUGGGAGAUGGAGGAAAGCAGAGGUGAGGAAGAGGAAGAAGAAGAGUGGGAGGAGCUGCAGUCUAGAGUCUCUGACUGUGUGGAAAUAAUUUCUGGCAUCCGAUCAGUGAAAAUCAUGAAACGAGUGGGCAGUCCCAAGGGCAUGUGGACCAGAGACCCGAGAUCCUCCAAGGUUUACAUUUUUAAUGGCACAUCAGGAAACACCAUCUACCAAUUCAAAUCUGUACUUGACUUUUCACGCUCCCUGGGAGUCACAGGCAGCAGAAGCAUCAGGCUUCCCUCUGAAUGGAGCGGCCCUGGUAGCGCUGUUUACAAUGGCUAUUUGUAUUACAUAAAGCAAGAGGCUGAAGCAGAUAUGCAGGUGGUUAAAUAUGACCUUCUGAGUGGCUCAGUGACAGAAACUGCCAUGUUCCCUGUGGAGGGCCGUGCCACUGUGUACAACCUCAAUCCAGAGACUGUUGCAGACCUUGCAGCAGAUGAUGGGGGUCUCUGGCUCUUGUAUGCCCCCAGUGACAGUGAACCAACCAUCAGCCUAGCAAAGAUGGACGCUGCCACUCUUGAUAUAGAGCAAAUCUGGGACACUCGAUGCCCACGGGAAAAUGCAGAGGCGGCUUUUGUAGUGUGCGGGACUGUCUAUGUCGUUUACAACACCCGUCUGGCCAGUCGCUCGCGGGUUCAGUGUGUCUUUGACGUCAACGACAUGGUGCUCAGUGAAGAGGCUCCACUCAUCUACUUCCCCAGGAGGUACGGGGCCCACGCUAGUCUGAAAUACAACCCUGAGGAGAAGCAGCUUUACGGCUGGGAUGACGGCUACCAAAUUAUUUAUAGACUGACCAUGAAGAGGAAACUCCUGGCUUGACAGCAGAGAAGUGGUGUCAUAUUUUCAAAGACAUAUAAAAAAUAGGAACAGGGAAUUUAUAUAGCCUAUCCACCUUUUCCCUAUUCAUGUGAUACUUUGUUUCUGAAAUAGUUAAACCACAUAACAUCCCUUUCUUCUCAGAACUUUAAGGGUUCUUUUUAAAUUAUAGCCUUUUUACACUUUGACUAGAAAGCUAAGAUUUGCAUAAAUUUCAUCUCAUUUCUAAAGUGUGUUUUUAUAUAAAUAUGAAUGUUUUCACAGAAAAUAAAUGAUAAGAUGACAUGCUAAUUACUGGCCUUUGGCUGUGGUUUCACAUUUUAACUGAAAGGAAGGUUAUCUGAACAAUUAAAGAGUGCACCUUUGAAGUAAACGGAACAAAAACUUCUGUCCCCACCAAGAGAACCUAUUCCUCUUAUAAGUGUGGUGUCUGGUCUUACUAUCAAGUCAACAACUUAGAAUUUCUAACUGUCUUCGAGAUGCGUUGGAAAUGACUGUGUGAACUUCUGCAAAAACAAAAUAAAAGGAGGUCCAGUGUAACCUCUACCAGGCAAAGCUGACACAUUUUUAAGGAAUCCACACAACUGACAUUUUUAAUAGUUGUCAUCAUAUUUCUGUGUGCAUAAAAUCUAAGCUGAGACAUGUAAUACCUUCAGUGUGUCCUGGGUGUAUUCUGGGGGCUCAUACCUGGAACAGCUUAUUUAGGAGUUGCCCAGGAGGCAUCCCACCCAGUCAGAUACCAAAACCGCCUCAGCUUCACAGAGAUGAUUCAUAUCAUGAAGAAUAUCAUCUACCGCUGCCAUUUCCAGUUUAAUAAAACACACAGAUUCAGCAAGCACAGGCUUCACAAUCUUUGUCAGGGUAAUGAGAAACUAGUUCAUCAGUUGUUUUGCUAAUAAACACCUUAAUCUUCAUCGAUAUAUUUAAUCCCCAAUUGAUGUCAUACAGUGCUGAAGACUUUUAAUUCAACUUGGAUUUCUUUAAAUUCUUCUAUUGGCAUGCCUGUUUUUUUCUGAGCUCAAUGCUUUACUUUUGAUUUUUAUAUUUUAAUAUUUUA